AUGAAUGAGAAUGGUUCAACUAAACUUCUCCAAGCUCAAACUCAAACAUGGAACCAUAUCUACAACUUCGUAAGCUCUUCAGCAGCAAAAUGUGCAGUUCAACUAGGCAUCCCCGAUGUUGUCCUCCUCGCUCCCCUAAAAUCCUAUCUGCUGAAUUUUUUCAUGGUUAAACAGUGGAUUCUCCAUAAUUGGGGAGACGAAGAUUGUGUGAAGAUAUUAAAGAAAUGCAAAGAGUCAAUUCCAAGUAGAGAAAAAGGCGGGAAAGUGAUAAUUAUAGGCAUAGUGCUGGAAAAUCCGAAGGAAAAGGAUGAUUCUGUUCGAGCACAACAUAAUAUGGACUUGGUGAUGAUGGUUCUUUUUGGUGCCAAAGAGAGAACUAAGAAGGAAUGGGAAAAACUCUUCACUGAAGCUGGUUUCAAUGAAUAUGAAAUAACUCCCACCCUGGGCACAAGGUCUCUCAUUGAAAUCUACCCUUGA